UUUAGUAGUCUGGAAUGUAUAAAGUGGGUCAUUCGUCGUCAGUGCCACGUUCAACGUUGGUUUACAGUGGACGUCGAAAUGUGCCCGCUCGAUCAGGAAUUUAUGAACGAACACUGAAUCAGUAUGGUGUCGAGAACGAAAAAUCUUGCAGAAAUGAGAUGAAUGUGCAAAUCCCGGCAUUAUCUAAACGAAAUUAUAGUCGUAUGUCACCAGAUGUUACAAAACAUAUAAAUAUGGAAACGGUGUCGGUUUUAAUGAAAGCAACUGAAGAAUUUCUUCAUACUCCUGAUGGCCGUCCCGAUAAAACCAUCGAGCAUUACCAACCAAAGAGGUCGUUGCCAGAAGAUUUCGCACCCUUCGAUGUUGACGGUUACUUAACGGAGCGUUUUCUAAGAGAUGUUAACUUAGAUCCAAAAAUCUUAAAUGGUUUUUGUAAAUAGAUGUCACCAUGGACUGUUGCACCUACUGCAGCUACUCACGUCCUUCAGUGGAGUUGCCUACGGAGAAAAUAUAUCAUCAUUUUAAUGAAAAUAUUAAAUUGUAAAUCACAGUUGCUGUUUCGUUUAAUUUUAUAUGAACAACAUUGUUUGAUUUUAAUCACCUGUGUUUGUAACUGAGACUAUAAUUGUUAACUAUUAAUUAGGUAUGGAGAUAUGCCUCAUGAUUUUGCAGCCGGUUGCUCAAUUUUCUGGUUUCUUUUUAUUCUUCUCUCGUACUCUUCAUUUUCUAUUGUUUGAUUUUUUAACUUUGCAAUGAUCUCAUGCUAAUCAUAAAGCAUUUUUUUAAUGCAUGUAUAACGUGUACCUAGACUUAUAAUAACGCUACGCAACAUAAGGUCGAAUUACACCAUGUUUUGCACAAUUAUCUCAUUCUACUGAUGGAUACCUAC